CGACAACACACACCCACAUCACAAUGAGCUCGUCGCGCGCGGCCCUCCUCCCUCUCAGGAGAGCAUUCCACUCGUCCCCAGUCGCGCGGUCACACAUCGGCUCGGCGCCCGUUCCCGUCCCGCCAAAUGUGCAGCUCACCUUUCCGGCGCUGUCCAUCGACCCCGAGACGCCGCGCGGUGUCGACGCCGCCCGGCGGCUCAUCACCAUCAAGGGCCCGCUCGGCGAGCAGGUCCUCCCCGUCGAGCCGCAGGUGAUCAUCCAGCCCGCCGCCGAGAAGGGCGGACCCGUCACCAUCGCCGUGCACGACCCGACACAAAAGUCGCACAAGAGCCUGUGGGGCCUCACGCGCUCGCUCCUCAACAACGCCAUCACCGGCGUGUCCACCGGCUACAAGGUCGAGCUGCGCCUGGUCGGCGUCGGUUACCGUGCCGCCGUCGAGCCCAUCCCCAAGGUCUUCCGCGACAUCCAGGCUUCCAUCCCCCGCUCCGUCCGCGCCUCAAAGCCCGGAGCGCCCCCUUACGUCCUUCCCCCGCUCCCCAAGGACCGCCUCAACCUCAAGCUCGGAUACGCGCACCCCGUCCUCAUCGACAUCCCCCAGUCGAUCAAGGUCGACGUGCCUGCCCCCACCAAGAUUGUUCUCUCCGGCACCGACAAGCAGAAGCUCGGUCUCUUCGCCGCCAAGAUCCGGCGCUGGCGCAAGCCCGAGCCCUACCGUGGAAAGGGCAUCUUCGUCGGCGACGAGACGAUCAAGCUGAAGGAGAUUAAGAAGAAGUAGAGAUCGGGUCCUCUCAUCCACGCCCACGCCCAUUGCAUCGUAUCACUGCAUGUAUACCUCACCCCAUU